AUGCCCAUCGUGGUAACAGCAGCAGCACCACCAUCGGCGACUUUACCACCAGUGCCGACAACGUCACCUGCCCCACCACCGCCACCCCCACCACCUACCACUCUGCCUCCACCGCCACCCCCACCACCUACCACUUUGCCUCCACCGCCACCACCACCACCAUCAACUACCCCUGCGCCAGUGCCAUCGCCCGUACAACAGGCCUUGCCUGCUCCAGCGCCUGUACAACAAACCGCUCAAGUACCUGUGGCUCUACCGCAGGCCAUAGCCAUACCUCUGCCUCAGCCACUGAUUAUCGAAUCACCUCCCAUUGCUCCAAUGACAUGCUUGCCGAUUUGCCGACAGCGUUGCUAUGACAUGUGCUCCACACCACAGUGUAUGAACAUGUGUCUCAGAAGAUGCCCGCAAUUCUGCAGGAAGGACUUCAUGAUGAUGCCUAUGAUGGAUCGGAUGCCCUGUCACUCGUUCGACGGAGGAUGCGGUUGUAACAUGGGCUACACUCAGUGUGGUGGAAUGUGCUGCAGGAGUCGAUAA